CUUUAUUUUUACCUCAACCUUUUGGAUUCGCUUCCGUAUUGCGUUAUGGCUCAAGCAAACAAAAGACAGAAGACGGUUGUCAUUGGUGCUGGUCCCGUUGGAACCCUGGCAGCUCUAUAUGCAGCACAACGAGGUCACGAAGUUGAGAUCUACGAGUUGAGAAGUGGUAUGUCGCAUGACACAACUUUGCCUUCGACUUUGGUCUACUUUUUCGUCUUCGCAAUCCUUCUCCUAGUUACACUAGUACUUCUUUACUUUAGAGCUCUUUCACCCAUUUUCCAAGUCGUCACCAAAGUUACGUAAAGUGACGACGGUUCAUCUACGGACGAACGGCUUGUGAGAAAGACAACGCGAGAGUUCUCUGAAGAUAUUUUGAAGAGAAAUCGAGCUUUCGAAAUACUUGGCAAACCUUCACAAUUCAAUGUCAUUCUCCUUCAACAAAUACAAUCCAAUGACCAUCUUUGUUAUUCCCUUGACAAAUAUCACAAAUGCAUUUCCUUGCACAAAUAGCCUUCUAAUGAUUCAUCAUCUAACCAACCGCAGACCUUCGAGAUCCCAGCACCAUUCCACUCAACUUCACAAAAUCUAUCAACUUGGCUCUCUCAGAACGUGGUAUCAAUGCUAUGCGACAAUCUGACAGACCGGAUCUUCUAAACAGAAUUUUCAGCGAAACUAUUCCUGUCUAUGGUCGCAUGAUCCAUGGCAAGAAGGAUUCGGGAGUAUUAUACCAACAGUCACAGGCGUAUGAUAUCCAUGGAAGGGUGAUUGUCUUCAUUUUCAGCCAAGGAUGACUGUUGACAAUAUUGCAGGCUAUUUACGCCGUCGACCGAGGUGGGCUAAAUGCUGCUCUCCUCGACGAGCUCGACACCAUGCCCAACGUCAAAGUGAUUUUCAAUCAUAAGCUGACUGGGGCUGAUUUCAAAAAGCAUAAAGCUUGGUUUGAAGUUAUUGGUAGCACGACAACUCCCAAUACCGGUCGUAACCGAGAAAUCGAGAUUGAUUUCGACCUUAUGAUUGGUGCGGAUGGAGCUCAUUCUGCAGCAAGAUAUCACAUGAUGAAAUACUCCAGGAUGGAUUACCAGCAAGAGUAUAUCGAUACGCUGUGGUGUGAAUUUCAAAUCCCGGCUCGAACGGUUCUGAAGGGCGAAAAAGAAGACUCUAAAUUUUCGAUAUCGCCGAAUCAUCUUCAUAUCUGGCCUGGAAAAGACUUCAUGUUCAUUGCUAUACCAAGCUCGGUGAGUAAGCUGCUUAAUUGAAAAAUGACUUACUAACACAAUUACAGGACGGCUCCUUUACCUGCACACUAUUCAUGCCCUCUGCAAAUUUCGAUGGACUGGAAGCAGAUCCCACCCAAGUCCCUAAAUUCUUUGAUGAGAACUUCCCAGGUGUAACCACUCUCAUCGCACCAGCAAAUCUGAUAUCAUCAUUCAACGAGAAUCCACAUUUACCACUCAUCAACAUCAAAUGCCAACCCCAUCACUACACAGAUUCCAUAGUGAUUGUUGGUGAUGCAGCUCAUGCCAUGGUUCCCUUUUAUGGACAAGGAAUGAAUGCUGGGCUCGAAGACAUCCGCAUUCUUUUCUCGUUCCUUGACAAACACCCAUCACGUCGGCAGGCUCUUGACGAGUACUCCGAGUAUAGAAAAGCAGAUGCGCAUGUUGUUAACGACCUCGCUCUCGAGAAUUACGUUGAAAUGAGAGCCUCGGUGGUAUCUCCACUGUAUGCCGCUCGUAAAUGGCUGGAGGAAACAUUGAGUGUUCAUGUCCCGAGCUUAGGAUGGCAAACCAAGUAUGCGCGAGUGAGUUUUGGCAAUGAGCGAUAUAGCGAGGUGAUCAGAAAGAGUGAGCGACAAGGGAAAUUGAUCGUCAUUGGAUUGGUUGGGUUGCUAUCUAGUCCGUUCGUUUUGGGUGCUGGAGUGGCGUUGUAUCGAACGAGGGGAUUUUUUCGGUCGAAGUGGUUGAGCACUUGA